AUGGCGGACGUUCCUCUGCAAGUCAUUUCGGAAAACUCGUCGUCAGAGCGUCGUAUCACCCCAUCAUGGACCAUCAGCCAGCUCAGGUCGAAGCUGGAGCCCAUUACGGGCAUCCCGCCUUCGUCCCAGAGAAUCAGCCUCAAGACGGCUUCGGGUAGCAUUCCGAUUGAGGCAGCUGACGAAGACAACGCACAUUUGACAGCCUUCCCACUUGCCCCCUAUGCGGAGCUACAUGUGGCAGAUACGCGGCCGGCAGGAGCGCGCCCGAACUUCACGGACACUUCGGGUGUUGAGAAGUAUGUUAUGCCGGAGGAGGAGUAUGCAAAAAAGACCGACUCUGUUUUAGCAUGGAAGAAGGCUCAGAAGCUUGGUCGCUUCGAUCCCGAGGCGCCAAGCCUUGAGCAAGCCAAGGUUGCUGCCCUUCAGCAGGAGAUUGAGCAGCGGGGAAUUGAAGUUGGCAAGCGGUGCCGAGUAGGCGGCGAGGACUCCCGCAGAGGUAUCAUCAGAUACGUUGGCGAAGUUAAGGAAAUCCCCGGGGGCUUGGGACCCUGGGUCGGAAUUCACCUUGACGAACCCGUUGGAAAGAAUGACGGCAGCAUCAAUGGGAAUCGUUAUUGGGGCGAAGAGUCGACGCUGAAGCACGGUGUCUUUGUAAGGCCCGAGCGGGUUGAGGUUGGCGAUUGGCCGAUCCUUGACGACUUGGAAGACAUGGAAGAAAUCUAA